GUGUGUGUGUGUGUGUGUAAUCCCAAACCCGAGUGGCCCGUGCAGAAGGCCGGGGGUAGGGCCGAGCAAAUGGAGCAGCGCAAAUGAAGCAGGAAAAAUAGCAAAGAAUGAAAAAGACAGCCCCGUUUUUCAGGAAUGUAAUUCCGCCUGUCUUUCCUCAUCCCUCCUUUCCGUGAUGUCUGCUCGCCGGAGUGACGGUCCAGACCAGGAGAUAAAGUUAUGGAAGACCAUGUGAAACAGCGAGGAAGACUAUCUGCAGUGUGCAAUCGACUCUUCUUGAUGCAGGGAAAAGAGUAUUUUUGACAACACGCCAGUCUACGCCACUGGGACAUCUGAGUCAACGCCUGGCUCUGACAGACGUACACAUGGGUUACACGCUCCAUAAGUGACUAGGAUAAAAGGCUCGAGCAGAACCAGCACACACCCGGGCCGAGCUUUGACACAGACAUCGGUGGCAGUCAUGUCCCUCUCUACGGUGCUAGCAAAGGCAUUGUAUGAUAAUGCAGCUGAGAGUCCAGAGGAGCUGGCUUUCCGGAAAGGUGACAUCUUGAUGGUGCUAGAGCAGGAGCAAGAUGGCGGGCCGGGCUGGUGGCUCUGCUCCCUCCACGGACGCCAAGGCAUCGCCCCUGCUAACCGCUUACGGCUCCUCCAGACCGCACCGGAUGCCCGCCGUGCUCCCAGUGUGGACUCAGUUUAUCUCUCUCCUGUUCAGCAGGGCCAUGUUAACGGGCACCGCCUGGAAGAUGGUGAUGGAGUGUAUCUCUCUCCUCCAAGCCUGGCUGAAGGGGUGUACCAGAGUCCUGGAGGGGCUUCAGGACCAGGCAGUCGCCCACGCUCCCACUCCAGUUCUGGUGCCAGGCCAAGGCCCGAAUGGGCAGAUAUUGGAGUUGAAGGACGUCCACGCUCACCUUCUCUCAGAGGUCGGGCAGGAGAAGCGGGUUCAGUGUAUCAGACCCCUGCCACAAUGGCACCACUAGGUGCACAGUACAGAUCUCAGGGUGCCUCUGAGUCAGUGUACCUGUCGCCCAGUGCUAUGCCCAGAUCUACAGCCGAAUCAGGAAGUGAGGCUGCUUAUCUAAGCCCGAGAGAGUCGACCAUCACAGGCCAUUCAGAUGCCUGCUAUUUGGUUCCUCGGCCAUCUGUGGCAGCUUUACCUGGUGAGGAUUUUUAUCAGACUCCUGUGAACACUGCUCCAGUGCCAGUGCUUCAAGACGGGGUAACCAGCCAAGCUAAAGCAGGUCAGGAACUUCCAGGAAUGUACCAAACUCCAAGUGCGCCAGGGACAGCCAUGACAAGGACUCCACAAGCUGAGCGCAAGCUAUCUGCUGGAUCUGCCGUGGUAUCGGCUGCCUCAGGACAAAAUGUAAACACACCCCCUACAAGCAGGUCAUCUGCCAGACCACAGGGUCAGUGUGCCACUCCCCCGGUGGGUCGUGGAAAAACAUCACAGGCUACCAUGAAGGGAUCCCCUCUUCUUGUGCGAACUGGGAAAUCCGGGCUGCCAGGGUCUCCUAACUUUGGCCGGAAGCCUCCUCCACCAGCGCCACCAGUUAGAAGUGUGACCCGGAAGGAUUUACCUCAGGGUCAGGCACCAUCCCCGGCCGCAAAACCCACUAUGCAGGCAGGUCCUCCCACAGAGACUGCUAAAGAGGAGAAACAAAGACAGAUGACUAAAGAUGGAAGGAAGAAGAAGGACAUGCAGAUGAUGAAGAAAGAGUGCAUGGCUUCUGAUGAUGGAAAGCAUGGUGAUGAGGUGUAUGACACACCUCCUACAAACAGAUGGCAGCAGCCAGUUCCUGCAGUAUCUGCUGAGGAGAGUGAGAGCAUCUAUAACACCCCCCGUGCUGUCCCCUUACACCCUGAACAGGCAUCAGAGAUUUACGAUGUUCCCACCCAUGCCCUGAAUCCACCCUCAGACCUCCAGCAGCAGACCUACAAUGUCCCGGCAUCACUUCCACUGAGCGAAGACAUAGAAGAAGACGUGUACAGUGUUCCGAGUCUUCCAGGUCUGCCUUUAGACUCGGGUGAAAUGCCUGGAUCAGUGGGUGAAGCAAGAGGAAAUGCUGAGGUUUACUCCAUCCCUAGUCCUGGAAAGUCAGAAUUGGCAUCUGAGGAUGUCACUGAAGCAGAUGGUGGCAUUUACGACAUGCCCGCUCUUGCAUUGGACAUUCCUGCGUGCCGUCUUUCCGCUUCCAGCACCGGGUCAGGUGACAUCCAGUGGAAGAGCUCUCUCUCGGCUCUUGUCCAAUCAGCUCUCAGCUCUGCCUCGGUCGCCGCUACACCUUCCCGGGACCUGGCCGCAUCACUGGCUGAGAUCUUGUCAGUGUGGAAAGCAGGUCACUCUGGCGAAGUCCCGCCUGCUCUUCAGCAGGCAUGGUCUCUUCUUGCAGACCUCCUUCCUGCCCUCUCGGUGUGCGGCCCCUCCCCUCCAGCUGAUGGUCUGCUCACGAUGGUCCGCCGUGCUCUUGAAGACUCCGCCACCCUUUUGCAGAGUCAAACAAGACCCCGUCUGCCCUCUCAGGAGUCUCUCUCACGGAGGCCACUUCCUGCAUUGCCAGUUGCCGAGGUGAAACCCAUGGCAGGUGGAAUGGGAUCUCGCAAGGGCAGCUGGAUCCAGGAGCGCCCGCUCCCCCCUCCUCCCGUUCCUGCGUUUCCGUUGCCUCCAGCACCUGCAUCUCUUCCCCUUGCUGGACAGAUGAGUGAGGAUGAGCAAGGGAAUGAGUAUGCAGGGAUCGGGCUAACUCCUGCACCUCCACUGUACCCUGCAGGAGACAGUGUAGGAUACGUCAAGCUGCAGGGAAAGCCCGAGCCGCCUCCUGACUCACAGGUUGAAACUGGCACUUCGCAGGUCAUCUCUACAAAUGAUACCAGAUUGAGCCCCUCUCCUCCUCUCCCCGUCUCUCUGUCUCUCGAGGACUCCGAGCUUCUCUCCUUCUACUCGUCCCAAAGCCUGUCUCACCUCUCCUGCCUGGCUGACGCCAUCGACUCGCUGUUCAGUAGUGUUCAGGGGAACCAGCCGCCGCGGAUCUUUGUUUCCAGGGGAAAGAGUCUCAUUGUGACGGCGCAUAAGCUUGUUUUUAUUGGAGACACGCUUGCUCGUCUCCUCAGCUCCACUGACCUCAGGGCAAAGGUCACCACCUCCAGUGGACGUCUCUGUCAGGCCCUGAAGUCUGUUGUCGUUGCCACCAAAGAUGCAGCUCAGAAUUACCCAUCAGUCCAGGCCACACAGGAAAUGGUGGACAGAGUGGCUGAGCUAUCCCAGCAUGCCGCUGGCUUCUCUGGGCUCCUUCAGCGACUAGCAGAAAUAUCUUGAUGUCUUCUGUCUUUUUUUUUUUCUUCAUGACAAUGCCUUUUUUCAUGACAAUGCCUUAUUUUGUAGUGCAUUAUUAUUACAUUUUGUUUCGUUUGAAUGCAGAAGGGUAUCAUGAUUGUGUACUCAGUGAUUUGAUGGUGAUUUGUUGAACUGUGCCUCGAGAUGGUUUAUGUGCGAUUGUGUGUGUGUGUGUGUGUCAGUGGGAAUGUACCGGUUUACGAUUUGUUUAUCUUUUUUUGUGCCUAGCACACGUCUGUGUGUCUUAAUAACUUAUUGAUGGGUGUUUGUUUUGGUGUGAGGACGUGUGCUGCACGUUUGUAGUGGUUUUAUUUUUGUAUUGGUUUGGUUUACUGCAACGGUCAUUGUACUGCUGGGAGGGUAACUCUUGGUUAUGUCAGGUGCAGUUCUUUUCUUUUUUUUUACAUGUACAAAACAAAAGGCCACUGGGGAUUUUUUUUUCUUUUUAUACGUAGCCUCGGUUUCAUCUGCCUCAGUUUAUGCCUUAAAUCUCAUGUCACAUGUCACACAAGCGCUUUCAUACGUGAUUCAUAUUUAGUACUGGUUAGAACACGUGUUUAUGCAGAGAGGCAAGAAGGAACUCCUGUUUUAGUUCAAAGGGAGAUGGGUGGCCCACGUAAAGCAGGGAUUGUUUUUUCUGUGAUCAUUUGUAAUUUUGUCCUUUCCCACGACGGUGACUAAGUCUAAAACCUGUUUAGUGGGUUUCACUGCUUCUUUCCUGUCUAUUUCUCACACCCUUCCGUUUCUUACGUUUUUAUCCCCUUUUUUUUCUCAUUUUAACUCCUUAAGCACCAGUUCUGCAUGUAAAGACAAAAGCAUGUCCAUGUGAAUGCAGUUCUGGGAAAAUACUCUCCACUAUAUUAAUCAAUAAACCAUAACUUAAAAAAGAAAGAAGCAGAUAUACUGUAUGUGCAAACUUGUAAUCUUUUCUCACAGGCAUGUGUCAUGCCUUUAACGGGAAUUCAGGCAAUAUAUAAUCAAUCAGUUUAUAUUUAGAAAUACUGGUGUGUAUAAUAAUGUAGUCAGGAGCAAUUCAUAAGCAUGCGUUUUACUUCAGUUUCUGUGGUGCAUCCACAAGUCCAGACAUGAGUCGGUUGCCUGUCUGUCCUGCGCCCUCAUGCUUACACACCUGUCCCCCAUGGCUGAUAUACAGAGUCAAGACACAAUGCUAGGACAUCUUUACAUAUCUUCCAUAUAUUCUGAUCUCUUGAUCUUAGUCUUUAAAUUUCACUUUUCCCAGCAAUGUGAUGAAAAACGCCCUGUAUAUUGUUUUCAGCACCUUCUCAAUGUUAUCAUUAAGCUCAUGUACAGACAUGUUGGUUGAGUUCAAAGAUGCCAACAUACUUGUUAUUGCCAUUGUAUCUAUUUCCAUUUAGUACCCUAGAAUAGUGCGGCUUUAACGUAUGAAUAUAGAUAUGCAAUAUCAAUAUUUCUGCACUCGAAUCAGAGCUAUAACAAAUAAGUGGCCACUUGCAGGUCAAAAAGAGGAAGGCAAAGCAAGGAGCACAACAUAAUAGCAAAUUACAUUACACGUUUGAUUUCCUUUAAACUGUACAGGCAUAUCAGCUAAUAAUUUCAGUCAUGUACAGAUGGAAUAUCUGGCUAUAUGUAACCCAAUCUAAACGUAAAUCAAAUGUUAUAUUUAAAACAGAAAUUAUUUUGUUUAUGUCUGCAUACAAAUGUAAACUUACUGUUUUGAAAAAGCAAAGGGCAUCAGAUCUCGUGUCAGCUAGGGACAUUUUGCUCCUUUCACCCAGCAAGCGUUUAUUUUGAUUUAUUAUCUAAUAAAAUGCUGAAUUUGGCCAAGAGGUGAUGAUUGAAGGUGUGUAAAAAUGGUGCCCUGCAUCCUUUAUCCAACAAUCAGUACUGUGAAUUAUGUGGAUUCAUUCAGUUCCCUCUGGAUAUCUUUUGGACAUUAAUAAGUUACAUGGUAUGAGUGGAUAAAUAUUCAUUAAUAUUCAUACAAAAAAUUGUGCACUGUAUAGUGAACCGAUUGUGAUUUCACAAUUGUGGAAGCAGUCUUCCAAGGGAAAGUUGAUAAGUGAUUGCUAAAAGCAGUACUGUAAUACAAGGGUGGUCUAAACACACAAAGGCAUACGAAGCUCAGUUUUGGGGGUUUUUUUCUUUCCCUACACCACUUUCUGUCCUGUUUUACAGCGCCACCAAGUGGACCAGAUCAGUAAUACAGUCUUACUGCAUUACAGUUUGGAUUCAGAGCCAAAAAAGAUCUGGUUUAAAGUUGGAUCACUGUACACCUCUUUGUUUGAUUGUAUCUGUUCUCCUCAGUAAUCUCAUAUUCAUAGGCUUCUAUGGCAAUCAUAAAUGAUCAAAACCUAUUGGAAAUUGUGUUGUGCUUAGCUUAGGUGGUCUUACAGAAAUCAUUCUAACCAUCUUUAUUGUUUUUAUUUUAGUAAAUGUAUGCAUGACUUUUUUUUCCUUAACUAUAUAGAUGCACAUGUAACCAGGGAUGUCUCCAUACAACAGAUUAGUAUUCAAAACAUUACUGUAAGAAUGUGGAGAUUUUUCCCCCCCUUUUUUUGUACCAGAAUGUAUUUUUUACACUCAUUGUUUUGUUUUGUUUUUCUUACUUUACAACUUCCUGGGUGCUUAAUGGAGCUUGACCUUCUCCGGUGCUUUUCAUAAUGCACUUUUGUUUCAAAUACAGGUUUUGUUACAAUG